AUGAUUGGUGUCGUCUGGAAAGCAGAACUCGACCCACACAUUUUAUGCCACAUGGCCGAGAUCGCUGCCGACGCCUAUCCACCGACGCCAUACGACUUAGGUUGGCUGCGCUUGACGCACAUCAGCCAUAGUUGGCGGGCAGCACUGUUGAGCCCUGACAUGAGACCUAUCAUGGCGUCUUUGUGGGCACGAGUAUGCUGUACCUUUCCCUCGGAAGACGCCGUUGCGACACUGAGCGAUCGUGCGGGUCAAGAGGCACUGAUUGUUUCGCACUCUGCGCGCUUAUCGAAGGACCACGAGAAUGUCCUGAUACACGCUCUGGCAUCCAGACUUGCCUCCGUGCGCGUUCUGUCCAUCCCUGCACACUCUUACAACUGGUCUUCACUGCUCACCUCAAAGUACCUACCUCAACUCGACCAACUGUUCCUCGAAGACCCCAUACCGAUAUCUUCAGAGACGCUCUAUGAGGAGUCGUUCGCGCUGGAGGAACCACUCGUCGCACCGAAGCUCAAGAGCUUACACCUUCGCGGCGGUCGUCUUCUCUCCGUCGAUGCACCUUCGCUCGUCACCAUGAUCCUAACGAAUAUACGUACAUCAACCCACCGAAUCCUCGAUCUUGUGCGCUGGUGUCCUCGACUUCAAUCACUCGAUAUCGACUCGGGCACGAUGCUGAGUGGGACAAGGCAUUCGGAGGCCCAUGUAUACCUACCAGACCUUAAAACACUGAGAUUAUGUCUCCACGAAUCUGUGCGCCGAGAGUUGAUGGCAGGGAUGGUAUACCCUCAGGAUGUCCAGGUGGAGGAGGCGGAUGAGGUCGGGAUUGAUGGGGCGCCCUUGACGCGAGCAUUAGUACUCCCAUUGGUGAUGAUGAACCAUCUGGCGCCAGGAGAAGAGCCCGUAGAACUACCUCCAUACUCUGUCUUACCACCGUAG